AAAAUCCACGUCCAUUUAAAGCUGCCCAAUAAAGCUGAAACUAACGCCAACCUCAUCUAAAAAUGUCUCUCUUCAUCUUCACCUUCACCUCAUGGCUUCCUAUUCUUCUAAUGAUUCUCCCUCUUCUUCUUCUAUUACAUGUCUUCCCAAAGAAAAAACCCACAAGGUUUCCCCCAAGUCCUCCACAGCUUCCCAUCAUUGGCAACCUCCACCAGCUCGGCGACUUCUCUUAUCACACUUUCUGGCAACUCUCCAAAAAAUACGGGCCACUCAUGUAUCUUAGACUAGGUAGCCUACCCACCCUAGUUAUUUCCUCCUCCAAACUCGCCCGCGAUGUGAUGAAAACCCAAGAUCUCGACUUCUGCAAUAGACCUCUCUUUGUUUCCUACAAGAAACUCUCUUACAAUUUCUUAGAACUGAUUUUCACGCCCUACGGUGAGUACUACAGGGACAUGCGGAAAAUCUUCAACAAUGAACUCCUUAGCAUCAAGAAAGUCCAGUCGUUCGGUUUCAUUAGGGCGGAUGAGGUCGCCCAGAUGAUCGAAUUGAUUUCCCGUUCUGCUUCAUCUUCGACACCAGUAAAUCUAACUGAGCUCAUGCUUUCUCUCACGAGCACCAUCAUUAGCAGGGCUGCUUUCGGUAAGAGUUACCGAGGAGGAGCGAAGACCAACUUUCAUGGUGUUUUUGAAGAGGCUCAGGCCUUGUUCGCAGCUUUCUUCUACGCUGACUACAUCCCAUGGUUGGGUUGGAUCGAUGUGGUCUCUGGACAGAGGGCUAGGUUGGAGAAGAGUUUCCAAGAUAUGGAUAUGUUCUACAAUCAAGUAAUCGAUGAACACCUUGACCCAGAGAGGGUAAAACAAGAGCAGGAGGAUCUUGUGGAUGUAUUGAUACGAGUCCAAAAGGAUCACCAUCUCACCAGAGACCACAUCAAGGCGCUGCUCAUGGAUAUUUUUAUAGCCGGAACCGACACCGGUGUUGCAACGGUGGUGUGGGCCAUGACGGAGCUUAUAAGGAAACCAAGUGUGAUGAAGAAAGUACAACACAAAAUUAGAAGGAUUAUUGGAAACAGAGGUAAGGUAGAAGAAGAUGACCUACACCAACUUAACUAUUUCCAGUUAGUUGUGAAGGAGAUUUUUAGAAUGCACCCUGCUGCCCCUAUGCUUGUUCCACGAGAAACUACCCGUCAAUGUAGGCUUGAUGGAUAUGACGUUGCCCCAAAAACAUUGGUAUUUAUCAAUGCAUUAGCUAUUGGGCAGGAACCUGAAACAUGGGAAAAUCCAGGAGAGUUUUGGCCAAGGAGAUUCACAGAUAGCCCCAUUGAUUAUGAAGGAAAUGGCUUCCAAUUCAUACCAUUCGAGGGUGGAUGGAGGAUUUGCCUAGGAAUGCAUUUUGGAGUUGUGACUGUGGAGAUUUCUCUCGCAAAUCUUCUCUAUUCUUUUAAUUGGGAACUGCCUUCCGGCAUGAACAAGGAGGACAUCGACAUGAGUGAAUUACCUUGUAUCACCACGCAUAAGAAAUCUCCUCUCUUCCUUGUGCCUAUCGAUUACAUCAAUUUAACAAAUGGGAAAAAGGAUUAAUAGAGGAUUUCCACCUCUAAUAUUUAGUCAUGUAUAGCCUACAAUAAUGUGUGGACUGGUUUGUUUGAUUUUGGAUAUGUGUAAAUCUUUUUUUUUUUUUUGCCUCUAUAGUUCUUUUAAAACGCAUAAAUGUAAUACAAGUGUUGCAAGUGA